AUGAAGAAAAUAUAUUUCAUUUUGUUAAUCCUAUUUCAUUUAAAUUUUAUGGAAUGUUUCAGAAAAUAUGACAAAAAUAAGAAUAACAUUUUAAUAAGUCACUCAAUAAAUAAUGAAGAAAAAAAAAUAAUAAAUAAUAAUAAUAAUAAUAAUAGUAAUAAUAGUAAUAAUAAUAGUUUUAGUGCUACUUCUUUUUCAAGUGAAAAAAAUAAACACAAAAGUUAUACAAAUGUGUUAAAAAAAAAGAAUAUAUAUAUAAGAGAAGAAUCAAAUAAAACAACAAACAUUAAAGAAGACGAAGAAAAAAAUAAAAAAAUAAAUAAUAAUGAUAAGGAAACUAAUUAUUCAUUUUUAUCAUUAAAGUUUUUUCCAUUCAUUUUAACUUCUUUACUCCAUACAGGAAUUAAUCAAAUACCACGUAAUACUGAAAUUGAAUUAUAUGAAUUUGAAAAGAGUCCGAUGAUAAGACAUAUGUUAGUAGCAGAAGAGAGGAAAAAUGCAUAUACCUAUAUGUUUUUUAUUGUUAUAUCUUUUGUUGUUGUUGUACUUAUAGCUCUUUUUAUUUUUAAAUUUUUUUUCAAUCUUUAA